UAGGUGGAGCAAAGCCAAUAACAACGUAAACAAAUAAUCCAAGCGACAGAAGGCUCCUAUAAUAACGCGUUUAUAAUGACGAAUUUAGUGGCGAUUUGAUCUAAAAUAUAUCGGGGGGGAGUGUUGUUUAAUCGACCUCUGGAGAAAAUAUUGACCUCAAAAUGAUUCAGCAAAUUCCCUGGAUUUACACCCCAGUCCGGACUGUUCUGGCAAUUUGGCACCAGUUGAUCAAAAAUGAAAUCCCAGAGUUAUCAAAAUGCUCAGUUCUCAUGAGGGAAAGGGGCAGAGUGGAGGAAACCAUUUACAACAUGCAGCGAGCUGGACCAGGCAGUCUUCAGGUGAUCUCAGACUUUGAUAUGACACUAACAAGAUUUGCCUACAAAGGACGGAGAGUUCCCACCACUCAUAACAUCCUGGACAACCGGUUAUUGAUCGACGAAGACUGCGAGAAGAAGAUAAAGAAACUAUUAAACACCUACUACCCAAUAGAGAUUGAUGCUAGACUUUCUACUGAAGAGAAACUACCUCUCAUGGUUGAAUGGUGGACUAAAGUUCAUGAGCUGCUGAUAGAACAGAAGAUCAGGAAAGAUAUGCUAGCACAGGUAGUGAGAGAGUCCCACUCCAUGCUCAGGGAUGGCUACAAAGUGUUUUUCGACCUUUUGUCUGAGUUCCAAGUUCCACUGUUAAUUUUCUCUGCGGGUAUCGGAGAUGUAUUGGAAGAAGUUAUUCGCCAAAGCCACGUUUUCCAUCCCAAUGUGCACAUUAUUUCCAACUACAUGGACUUUGACCGCACUGGGGUUCUUCAAGCCUUCAAAGGACAGCUGAUUCACACAUUUAAUAAAAGAGAGGGAGCUCUGUCUCAUGCAGCUCAUCUCACCGAGCUGAAGGGGCGCCCCAAUGUGCUGCUGCUCGGGGACUCUCUGGGGGAUCUGACCAUGGCCGAUGGAGUUACAAAUGCACAAAAUAUUCUGACUAUUGGCUUUCUCAAUGACCAGGUGGAAGAGCGGAAAGAGUCAUAUGUGAAGUCCUUUGAUAUUGUUUUAGUGAAAGAUGAAACUCUGGAAAUUCCAAAUGCUAUUCUCAAGAACAUCCUGAUGACACAAGUAAGAUGGUCAAAAAGGAUUUAGCAAAUUUCACAUCGCUGGUCACUCUAUUUAUUAAUGCUCAAUAAUGCACAACACAGUUACCUCAAACACAAGGGUUCAUUUAGCUGUUACUCAACACAGUCCUCAUGUCUGUUUCCAAGUAUUUUCAGUGUCAUGUCAAAAGCAGCCCCAUGUUCUUAUUUUUAAUCUUUCCUUUUAAUUUCUAUGCAUUUUUACAGCAUUUGACUUAAUUAUACUAUGUAUAAUUUUAAUAGUCACAAUUUGCCAAUUAAGUAAUAAUCACCUUAUUUCAAAACAUAUUUUAGGAUGAAUUUGAGUUAAUAUUUUAAAAGUAUUUAUUACUGGUGAAGCAGUGUUCAUAUGUGUACAUUGCUAUAAGUACACAAAAGCCAGUUUUGUUUAUGGGACUGCAUUGUGUUGCUCAGAGGUACAAUUUAGAUGUAAUUUAACUUAAUUCUUUGGUGAAAAUGUGGUUUUCAUUUCAAAUUUGAGAAUGUUAUAGAAAGGUUAGUAAUUUGAUGCUGUUUGUUUUUGAUCGAUACAAACAAAUGUUAUGGAUGAAAACAGCCUAAAAAUGUCUGUAUUUAGUGUAUGUUUGUUUUAUGAAAUUCCAGUUUCUGGAACUUCUUGUUGCAAAACAUGUUUACCGGUGAAAACCUUCAUCACAAAUCAGGGGAGCCAUUUUUACUUCACAAGGAAGUGAAACUUUUUUUUUUUUAAACAAAGAUUUUAAUCCAAGUGACUCUAUGACAAAAAAGUGCUUGAACAUUUCUAACAAACACAAACAAUCAUACAGCAAAAAACUACAGACAUAAAAAUCUUGUUGAUGUCUUUUUGAGACAAUAAUAAACCUUGAUCUCAAUGGAAA